GUUGCUGGCUCUAUGCUGCCCGCCCCGGCGCUCGGAGCCCGCCCCGGGGGGAUGCUGGUGCUGGGAUUGCUGCUGGGAUAACCCCCGCUGCCCUCCUCCGCCUGCUGCUGCUGCCCGGUCCGGACGGAGGAUGCUGCCCGGGUCGCGGGGGACUCUGACCAGGGGACCAGCGGCGGCGUCCUAUCCUCCGGCUCCGAGCGCUCGUGCUGCCCCUGGAGUAGCCGCCUCCCCCUGGGAGCGAUGACUUCAAAGCACCAGGCGGACUGGAUCCCGUACAGUGUUUUAGAUGAUGAAGGUAGCAAUCUGCGUCAACAGAAGCUUGACAGACAGCGAGCAUUGCUAGAACAGAAGCAGAAAAAAAAACGCCAGGAGCCACUAAUGGUUCAGUCCAAUGUAGACAGCCGCACAAGAACACGAAGAAUGAAACAUUCAGAGGAACAGGCGCCGCUGGUUGAAUCGUAUCUUAACAGCAACAGCAGCACCAUUUUUCAUGUUCAGGAGGCCGAGCAGGAAGAUGUAAAGGUGGUAGCAGAUGCUCAAGCUCCAAAAUCGACUAAAAAAACCAAGGCAGCAGCUGCAAGCUGUCAAACUGGCAGCACGAGAAAGGAGAAAAAGGGGAAACACAAAGGAAUUGAUGGCCCUGCUGCAUUUCAAGAUGAUGUUCAGGAGGUAGGAAGCCAAAUUCAGAUUCUUACUGUCGGGCAGUCUAGCCACAAUGAAGAUGAUGGAGAGAUGAUGGCUAGUGGCCAACAACAAAGCAGGCAGGACCUUAGAGUAACAAUGCAGAAAAAGGAUCCCCAUGGAAAUACAUCCUGGUCCACUUCCACCUCCCAAUCCAGUCUUGUGGCCCUGGAUCAUGUCCCAGGCAUUUCAAGCAGCAUGAAUUUUGAUGAAGAGGAUGAGGAUGAUGAAGACAGCUCAAGUUCCUCCGAGUUAAACAGUAACACCCGACCUGGCUCUGCAACAAGCAAGAAAUCAAACAAGGAGGCAGCCUCAGCUCCCAGCCCUUCCGCAAAUGAGCCUGUCAUAGAUGUUGAUGACCUGGAGGAGUUUGCUGUGAGACCUGCUCCACAGGGCGUCACCGUCAAAUGCCGAAUCACAAGAGACAAGAAGGGAAUGGACCGAGGAAUGUACCCUACCUAUUACCUCCACUUGGAAAGGGAGGAUGGUAAAAAGGUAUUUCUAUUAGCUGGAAGGAAGCGAAAGAAGAGCAAAACCUCUAAUUACCUCAUCUCUAUAGAUCCAACUGACCUGUCUCGAGGUGGAGAGAGUUUCAUUGGAAAACUAAGAUCAAAUCUUAUGGGAACUAAGUUUACAGUGUAUGACAAUGGAGUAAAUCCAGUGAAAACAACAUCAAGCCUAGAAGCAAGUAACCUGCGUCAGGAGCUAGCUGCUAUUUGCUAUGAAACAAAUGUCUUGGGAUUUAAAGGACCUCGCAAAAUGAGUGUGGUCAUACCAGGAAUGAAUAUGGACCAUGAAAGAGUUUCUAUCCGACCACGUAAUGAACAUGAAACACUUCUUGCAAGAUGGCAGAACAAAAAUACGGAGAGCGUCAUUGAGCUACAUAACAAAACUCCGGUCUGGAAUGAUGACACCCAGUCCUAUGUUUUAAAUUUCCAUGGUCGAGUCACACAGGCCUCCGUGAAAAACUUCCAAAUUAUUCACGAUAAUGAUCCUGACUAUAUAGUGAUGCAGUUUGGCCGUGUGGCUGAGGAUGUAUUCACCAUGGACUACAACUACCCAAUGUGUGCACUACAAGCCUUUGCUAUUGCUCUCUCCAGCUUUGACAGCAAAUUGGCUUGUGAGUAAACAGAAGUGGUAGAGUCUUCACACAGCUGAGCAGUAUGCCACAAGGGAAAACAACAUGAUUCCAAAUACUCACUGGUAUCAUUUAUGGUUCAUAGAAACCAGACCAGGUCAAAUUAAUUUUUGGAAGGACCACCAUAUUGCUGAGGAGAAAAUAAUUGGAAUCUUUUAAACAUUCAGGACAUUCAGGAAAUAUUGUUUUAUCUGUUAUGUAUUUUUCUGGAAGUGGCAUCAAGUUUCUGUAAAUAAAAGUCCUGUCUGAUAUUCUUAGCUAUGUUAUGGAGAGGUGCCAUGAUGUACCGGACCAUGGCUCAAGUAACACCAUUCCCAGUGGUGUCUCUUUUCUAAAUCCAUGAAAGUUAUCUUAAAAAAAAAAAAAAAAGUCUGUUUUUAUGCUUAAGAAGUAUUCAGAGGCUGUAAUCAGACCUCAAGCUUGUGUUGAAUACUUUGACAUUCACAUCACCCGACACGGAAGAAAAGGUCACCAAAAAGGAUGCACUUUUUGAACAGACGAGGAUCUCAUGUAAUAUAAAACCAAGUCUAAGGGUGGAAGGCCUAUAUUGGACUGAACUUGAUUUGUUGCUAUUAUUUAUGUGGAGGAGCAGGGUGAGUUUUAAUUAUAGUAGGAGAAAAAGAAGUAGACAGCACAAAAUGUUGCACAAGUCACUUGAAUUCUAAGGUGUCAUUUUUUUAUGUUUUAACAUCUAUUUGCUGUUACAUUCUAUUUCAAAUGAAAACCUAUUCAAAUUCUAGAAAGGGGGAAAAGUCUCUGAAUGCCAGCAUUUCGGCAUGCUGGGUCUUGCGUAUUGUAACCUUAUAUAUCCCUAUAUUAAUGCAGAUACAUAUUUUGUAUCAAGUGAUAUAAAUAUUUGGAUAAAGAUCACUUCACAGAGCUGCAUCAUUAUUUUAAGCCAGUUGUGUGAAUGACUAAGGAAAGUAGUAGAAAUAAUAUAUUAAAUUAUUCCGGCCUUUUGUGAUUUACAUUUUGGAUAUUGAGUUUUGUCAAAUCUACGGUAACAAUUUUCAUAUUUAUUUCUCAUUGUAAAAGUGCUUGAAAUCUAUUUUACAUUAUAAUGUAAAAGUGCCAGCUACUGAGCUAAAUUCUUCUAGGCAAAUAUAGUGUACAUUACAUACAAAUUAGGUUCAUUGAGGACAUACAAAUUGCUUAAAAUAGGGUUUUCUUUUGUUUAAUCUUUUCUGAUAGGUCUGGGAUAUAUAAACAAAUAUUAUUUCAAAAUACAAGCUCUCCACUCAGCUUUCUUGCAUUGUAAACAUCUCAAAAGUCAUCAAGGAAAGACUUUAACUAUGAGAAAUGCAUAAAACCCCAUUUAAAAAUAAGUGGAGAUCCUGAGUCUUACUUCUGUUUUCCCAUACAAUAAUAUUACCCCAAACUAACACACAACAGUUUAUCAGAAGAGCUUUAAAUAUUAGAGUAACAUUUUAUACUGUGCUUAUU